AGCUAAUCUGAAAGAGGUGUUUACACUCACCAUGUCCGCGCAAACAGAAGCAGCUGUUGUCACCAACUCGUGAAUGCUUUUCGAAACGUCCUAAGCCAGCGCUGAGAGGCUGAUCCGCUCCUGAGAAAGUCUCACCUGUACCCUCCGGGAACACUGAGCAGGUUAACCCAAAGGCCACCAGCAUGCCCAUCAACGACCCCGAGAGCAUGCUGAGCUACCAGAGGCCCGAUGAGGAGGUGGUGGUAGACCAGGGAGGAACCAGCUCAGUACUGAACAUCCACUAUGAGAAGGAGGAACUAGAAGGUCACAGGGCUCUGUUUGUGGGGGUUCGGAUGCCCAGACAGAGCCACCGCCACCACAAGACCCACGGCUCCCGCCACCGCAAGAGAGACAAAAGGGCAGGAAGUAUCGCAACAAAUCAGAGUGAGGAAAGUGAGACGGCCUCCGCCAGUCAUGACACGCCGUCCCAGCGGGUCCAGUUCAUUCUGGGCACAGAGGAGGAUGCUGAACAUGUGGCCCACGAGCUCUUCACUGAGCUGGAUGAAAUCUGUGUGAAGGACGGCAAGGAUGCUGAGUGGAAGGAAACAGCCAGGUGGCUGAAGUUUGAGGAAGAUGUGGAGGAUGGAGGGGAGAGGUGGAGCAAGCCCUAUGUUGCUACUCUCUCCCUGCACAGCCUGUUUGAGCUGCGCAGCUGCCUCAUCAAUGGCACCGUGUUGCUUGACAUGCACGCUGACAGCAUCGAAGAGAUUGCAGACAUGGUGCUGGACCACCAGGAGACGUCCAAUGAAAUGGACGAAAGUGUGAGAGUGAAGGUGCGUGAGGCUCUGCUGAAGAGACACCACCACCAGAGUGAUAAGAAGAAGAACCUGAUGCCCAUGGUGCGCUCUAUCGCUGAGGGAACCCGCAAACAGUCAGAGCCCUUCCUGACAGCAGGGUCAGCCACAUCUCCCCAGCCUCCAUCAGCUACCGACAUUGCCAAAAACGGGGGCGGGCAGGACAGCCAUGUGGACCUCAGCAAGGUGGACAUGCACUUCAUGAAGAAGAUCCCAGAGGGUGCAGAGGCCUCUAAUGUACUGGUGGGAGAACUGGACUUCCUGGAGAGGCCCAUUGUGGCCUUUGUCCGCCUCUCCCCUGCUGUGCUGCUCACCGGGCUCACCGAGGUCCCCAUUCCUACCAGGUUCCUCUUCAUUCUGCUGGGCCCGGAUGGAAAGGCUCAGCAAUACCAUGAAAUUGGACGCUCCAUGGCAACCAUCAUGACAGAUGAGAUCUUCCAUGAUGUAGCCUACAAGGCAAAGGACAGAAGUGACCUGCUGGCCGGGAUAGAUGAAUUUUUGGACCAGGUGACGGUCCUACCACCAGGAGAGUGGGACCCCUCCAUCCGCAUCGAGCCCCCAAAGAGUGUGCCCUCUCAGGAGAAGAGAAAGAUGGCAGGAGUCCCUAACGGCACAUCCAGCCAGGUAGAAGAAGAACUUCACGCUGAGCACCACGGGCCAGAGCUGCAGAGAACUGGAAGGUUGUUUGGAGGUCUGAUACUUGACAUCAAGAGGAAAGCUCCAUUCUACCUCAGUGACUUUAAGGACGGUAUGAGCCUGCAGUGUGUGGCCUCCUUCCUCUUCCUCUACUGUGCCUGCAUGUCUCCUGUCAUCACCUUCGGAGGUCUGUUGGGGGAGGCGACAGAGGGACGCAUCAGUGCCAUAGAGUCCUUACUUGGUGCGUCUAUGACUGGAGUAGCCUACUCUGUGUUUGCUGGUCAGCCUCUCACCAUUCUGGGCAGCACGGGUCCUGUGCUGGUUUUUGAGAAAAUCCUCUUCAAGUUCUGCAAGGACUACGACCUUUCCUAUCUGUCGCUGAGGACUUGCAUCGGCCUGUGGACGGCUCUGCUUUGUUUGCUGUUGGUUGCCACUGAUGCCAGCUCUCUGGUGUGCUACAUCACUCGGUUCACAGAAGAGGCCUUUGCCGCCCUCAUCUGCCUCAUCUUCAUCUACGAGGCCUUGGAGAAGCUCAUCCACCUGGGAGAGGUUUACCCCUUUAAUGCAGAAAGUGAUCUGAACAAACUAACUCUUGCGUACUGUAGGUGCGCAGAGCCUGACAACCCCACUAAUAAAACCUUAGAUCUGUGGAGUGAGAGGAACGUCACAGCCUCAGCCCUAUCCUGGACCAACCUUACUGUCAAGGAGUGUAUCAGUCUGAAUGGCCAAUUUGUCGGGACGUCAUGUGGCCCCCAUGGCCCCUACACCCCAGAUGUUCUCUUUUGGUCAACCAUCUUGUUCUUCUCGACCUUCUUAAUGUCUGCGUUCCUCAAAGACUUUAAGACAAGUCGUUAUUUCCCCACCAAGGUGCGUUCCAUGAUCAGCGACUUUGCUGUUUUCCUCACCAUUGCCGUCAUGGUUCUGCUUGAUUAUGCCAUUGGAGUGCCCUCCCAGAAGUUGAAGGUGCCCAACAAAUUCAAGCCGACCAGAGACGACCGAGGUUGGUUAAUCAAUCCAAUAGGACGCAACCCAUGGUGGACCGUCCUGGCUGCAUCCAUCCCUGCUCUUCUCUGCACCAUCCUCAUCUUCAUGGACCAACAGAUAACUGCCGUCAUCAUCAACCGCAAAGAGCACAAACUGCUGAAGGGCUGUGGGUACCACCUGGACCUGCUGAUGGUGGGGGUGAUGCUGGCAGUUUGCUCCAUCAUGGGCUUGCCCUGGUUCGUAGCAGCCACAGUGCUGUCCAUCUCUCACGUCAACAGCCUAAAGCUGGAGUCGGAGAGCUCGGCUCCCGGAGAGAUGCCUCGCUUCCUGGGCAUCCGAGAGCAGAGGCUGACUGGCCUGCUCAUCUUCCUGCUCAUGGGCUGCUCUGUGUUCAUGACCGGAGCCCUACAGUACAUUCCUAUGCCAGUGCUGUACGGUGUGUUCCUUUAUAUGGGAGUCUCUUCACUAAAGGGUAUACAGUUCUUUGACCGUCUGAAGUUGUUUGGCAUGCCGGCGAAGCACCAGCCGGACUUCAUCUACCUGCGGCACGUCCCCCUGAGGAAGGUGCACCUGUUCACUCUCACCCAGCUCACCUGUCUGGUGCUGCUCUGGGUCAUCAAGCACUCACCUGCCGCUAUCGUCUUCCCCAUGAUGGUGCUAGCUCUAGUUUUCAUCCGCAAAAUGUUGGACUGGUGUUUCUCCGAUCGAGAGCUGAGUUAUCUGGAUGACCUUAUGCCUGACUGGAAGAAGAAAAACCUUGAUGAUGCCACCAAAACGAUAGAAGAGGAAUCACAGGAAAUGCUCAAUACGAACAAGGAUGAUACAGCUCCUGUUCAGAUUCCUAUGGAGAGCAGGAAGCCUGUCCAGACCCCAAAAGCACAUGACCCCAGGUCUGACCCCUCUGAUAUUAAUAUAUCUGAUGAAAUGUCUAAAACCACCGUGUGGAAAUCCCUCAACUCCAAUCAAAAGGACACUCAUCCUGUGGCUGCUAAGAAGGAUUGACGGGAUCACCUUCAUAGACGAAUGAAAGAUGUCCGAAGUCCUGGCAGAAUGUAGUUCUGGACCUCAGGACACUGCAAUUUGGCUGCUUUGAAACAAGUCUCAAUGAUUUCCACCAGCUACCCACAACACAUACUGUCCACAAGCUCACAGACAAGGAAAGGUAGACACGUGUACUUCUAUCUUUGUGAGGUGAAUAAUAAUGCUCACAAUCUUACCUUCCUAAAAAAAAGCCAGCGCUUAACUCAUUCUAACCAUCUUAACUAAAGGAAACCAAAUUCUCAUCCAUCAUCGUCUACUUCCAGCUUCACUAAACCACACAGGGAAGAAAGCCUUUAAGGUCUGGCCUGUACUCUGCCGUUAGCUUCCUCUCUUGGUUCUGAGGUUGAAGGAUGAUAUAAGGGAUGAAACUUAAAGGCGUUGUCUCCUACAGCAGCAAUCACCUGUGAAAAUUCCAUAAUAUCGAAUAGCUCUGUUUGAAUUCAUUUAUAUCUGAUAAUUUACAGACAUGUCCUGGAGCUGCUCCAUCCACAGUGACAGUAAAUAAUGGAGGAUACAGUCACAGCUGCUGGCAGCCAUGGUGGUUUCACUGAGAUAACAGGACAUUUGCUGAUUCACACCUAAAAGUCGUGCAUUUAUUUCAAUCUCAUUCGGAUGUAACAUCUCAAACAGCCCCAGUUAGUCAGUGUCACUGUGCUGUCUCUAGAAAUGUCAGCCCGUUUUUAUUUACUCGUGGGGACACGGCUGCUGUUUGUCUUUAUAGAUCAACUUCACAACCCAAAGUCAAUAAAUUAGGUCGUUAUAAAUGAUCUUGUACGGUGGAUUUUUCAUUUAAUACAAGAACCAGCCAAAGCCAUGAACUGAACCCUAGCACAGAUAAAAAGCAGGAAUAUAUCCAGUUAUUUUAGGUACAGCAAUGUCCAACUAAUGCAGUCAUAUUCAACAGUCCGGCAAUAAAUCCUACCUUGAUGAUUCUCUAUUAUUCAGUUUUUGUUUCAGAAAAUAAUGAAAUCAAACGUAUGGUCAUCUGCUGCAGUCUGUGGUGCAUUACACUCACAGGUGUUUCUAUUAUUUUGUCCAUCCCAUUUACAUUGAUAAGGGCAGACUGAGUGUUAACUGCAUUAGUUUAAAGAUCAAGAUGUGGUGCAUUUAGUGCAACCAACUGAAUACUCCUCUGCUCUUCACAGACAUAGAAGUAGGGAAGCAAUCUUAGAAUUUAAUUGAAAAAAUCCUCCCUGUCAUUUUAUGGUCAAAAUGUGUUUGUAGUUUCAGUAGUUAACUACUCACAGAACAAUAGCCAACAAGUAAUUAAACUACUUGUAAAUAUGAAUGUAAAUGGGCUACCAGUAAGCUGCUGCAAAAUUGGAUCCACUGUUAAUAGAAAUUGGUAGAAGACAUUUGGUCCUCACAAAGAUAGAAGAACACACACACACACACACACACACAAUGAUUACAAGAACAACCUCUCUACUCCCUUUUUUCUUAAUUUCAUCACAAGCAACACUCCACCCAUGUACAUUGAGCUAGGCUUCAUGACAGAGAGUAACUUGUACUUUAAAAACAAACCAGGUUCUUCUUAUUAAACUAAGUAGGUUUAUCUGUCAUCAUACCUUAAAUCUACUGUGUCUUUUUAUUUAAUGUGCCAUGAGUGUGUUAAAUCUGAACAGUGAUGAUAUGGUUGACUAUUUGAUAGAUUUUAGAAAUACAUUGCAGGUUCAGUAAUACAUAGCUAAAUCUUCUUUUGGGUCACAAGACUUAGUGUCAGUUUUGUGUGAUGUUGUAAACUGAAAAGUGUAAAUGUUAGAAGACCGACUUCAGUUGAAGCAGCGGCAUCCAAAACAUGUUUUUGAGGUAUAAUAUUUUUCCUUUAUGGAUGUCUGUCUUUGGCUAAUGACUGUGUACGAGGUCAUUCUACAGAACAUCUGUCCAGUGUUACUGUACUUUCUUAUUUCUUUACCUCAGAGUUCAUGAAGGCUCAUGCAAGGCACUUUGGAUUACCUAUGUUCAAGGGGAAACAAGAGCAAUG